UUGUUUUAUUCAAACAAAAAUAAAUUUAACCUAUAUUGGCUUUUCCACUACUCUCAAGAAUAAUAAUUCUCGGGAACCAUUAAAGCCAAAAAACUGAAAAAAGAGACCAAAGUGGAAAAGGAAGAAGAAUACUCACACAAGUAGCACAGACUUUCUUUUUCCUUCUCUUAUUUCACUUUGUUCUUAUUCCGUGCACCCAAUUUCUGCUUGAAGAAUUUAUUAGGCACAUAGGAAAACCAAAAAAAAGGGAGUAAAAACCCCCUUAAUUUCAUAAUAUUUAAUUUGACUGAAAUUGAUCAACAAUUGAUCCAUUAAUUUGUUAAUUGAUAAUUGAAAGAUCCAUUCUUGAUUGAGGGGAAAAAGAUGGUGUCUGCAAAUAGGGAAAUGGCUGUUUACUGUUUUGAUACAUUGGUGUCUCACUACAACAAGGAACAACCUCCUCCUCCUGCUUUUGAUGAGGGUGAACACCCGUUGUUUGUGACUUGGAAGAAAGUGGUGAAUGGUGGGGAGCCUCGUUUGCGAGGAUGCAUAGGCACUCUGGAAGCUCGCUGCAUUAUUACUGGUUUUAAGGAUUAUGCUCUGACAAGUGCUCUCAGGGAUCGUCGUUUUCCUCCAAUACAGGCUAAAGAGUUACCUACUUUACAGUGUACAGUUUCAGUUCUCACUAAUUAUGAGACUGCAACUAACUACCUUGAUUGGGAGGUAGGGAAGCAUGGGAUAAUUAUUGAAUUUACUGACCCUGACUAUAACACAAGGAGAAAUGCCACGUACCUACCUGAGGUCGCUGCUCAAGAAGGGUGGACCGUUAUAGAAGCAAUUGACUCGCUGAUACGCAAAGCAGGUUACAAUGGACCUAUAACAGAAUCACUGAGGAAGCGAAUCCGACUAACUCGAUACCAGAGCACAUUAUUUACUAUGCAGUACAGUGAAUAUGUGACUUAUGUGAAGACUACCAGAGGUCUCGCUCCAGCUAUUAACGGUGUGAAACCUUGAAAGUAUGGAUUGUUUGGAAGAAUCUUCCACCUAAGACCAGUAAAUUAUUUUGGUUAUAAGUGGAAGAUGAACCAUUCUAAAUUCAUAGUUGGAAUACUUGUUAGAAAUUUCAUCUGCCUCCAGUGUUGUCAUUUAUGCUUUACAUUGUUCUUCGAGACUGAAGGUGAACUCAUUUUCAGUGCUAAGUGCACCAAAAAAAAUUGGACUUCCAACAGUUUCUUUUGAAAGCUUCAUUUGUGGCGCUGUGUUUAUAAUAUAAUUGUCUGCUUUCUGUGGUUAAAA